ACUCGAUCCACUCCCUCGGAAGUACCGCGAGACAGGACGGCGAUCACCCCUCGGAAGGUGCGGAUCAGGCAUUUUGCGUGGGAGGUUCCAGAACGACCCCGAACCGACCCGGGAAACAAAGAGUGGGCGAGCAUACGUGUUGCACUGUUGAGGUCUUGACCUGCCCUGGACCAGAUGUUUUGAUCACCUAAGGGAUGGUUUGGCUUCAAAGCAUGGACUCCAUAUUAUGGGGGCGCAUACGACAGCCAGCUAGUCCGGAUGGGAUGAUGAUCGAUGAGUGUCGGCAGUGGCAACUGCAUCACAUCUCGGGGGGAUGGUACAUAGUAGAUAGCCUUCGCGUAGGCGCGCGCUGUCGGGAAAAUCGCCCGAGCUUAGAAGAGCACAUCAUAGCCGGAAAGGGAGAUUUCGACGAACGAAACCCCUGUUUGUGCUGGGAAUGGAGGAGGUUAAGGUUGAUUCCAUCCGACGGUAACUGGGGAGGAGGGGGGCGCCUGGGGAAAAUGGUCGGUCGCAUUCUUGAGUUACAGUGCAGGCUGUGCAGCCCGCCAAUGUCUUGUUGUGGUGGUGUCGCAUUCUUUGACUUCACAAGCUGGAUGGAUGCAUACACUUCGUUUGUUUUUACUUUUUCGAGGGGGCUUCCACGACGUGGUGAUAGACUGACUUCCUGCGCCCAAAAAAUUAGUUUUGAUGGGCUUCGUAUAGGUACAACAGGAAAGUAUGAUUAAACAAGUGUUCAUGCAGACCAAGGGAUGUCAUAAAAAUAAUACUAAUUAUAAUAAUGAUAAUAAAUCAUG